AUGGAUCAUAACUCUCCACGUGGUAUCCGCGGCCUUUCCAGCCUGCUCAUCCUAAAGCACAUUAUGAAGGGCAUCCGCAAAGCGGAAGGCCUCAGCGAAAUCCCGAAGCCGUAUGAACGAUUCGACCUGAUCGGCGGCACAAGCACCGGAGGCAUCAUCGCAAUCAUGUUGGGUCGGCUGGGUAUGAGCGUCGACGAAUGCAUCCGAGCCUAUCGGAAGGUGGCAGAAAGAGCAUUCACCCCGAAAAGAACGACCUUGUUUCCAGCGUCUCCCAGCGGCGCAUUCUCCGCUAAGGCGCUCGAGGCGGCGAUCCGGGAUACGAUCAAGGAGUACUGCGUGGCGCCAGAGUGUGCGACACGACGCCGCGCGGGGCACUCGAUGGCCGCUACAUGUACACACAGUGAGAUGGAGCUACGUGACACGUCGUGCACUGAUACGGUCGUACUGGCCAUCACCAAGGACAAUAUCGACGCGCGACCGACCCUAUUCACGACGUACGACACCUCAAUCAGCUUAAGCGGCUGCACCAUCUGGCAGGUGGCGCGGGCGACAUCGGCGGCGACAACCUUCUUCAAGCCGAUCCGGGUCGGCCGGGACGAGAUUAAGUUCAUCGAUGCCGCCUUCGGAAAUAACAACCCGUGCAAGGUGCUUAUCGAAAAGGCGCGGCGGCGGUUCCCCGGGCGUAAGCGGAUGCAAAUUCUUAGUAUCGGCACGGGGCUUGGGGAUAUUGUCAGCAUUCGCGAUUCUAAACUCGCUAUCAUUAACGCUCUAAAAAAGAUGGCAACGACGUCGAAGCAGGUGGCGGGCCGGCUUGACAGGCGGUUCGGGGUUAACGGCCAGUACUUUCGAUUCAACGUGGAGCGGGGCCUCGAGGACACGACGCUAUCGGACUGGAGGAAGGCAAGCAAGAUCUCGGCGCACACAUUGAACUACAUCCGCGACUCUGAAAGACUGCUCGGCAAAUUCGUGGACGAGUUCCUCGGGCGGGGGAAAGCUUCGGUGGCCGGUCCGGCCGGUCCGGGAGGAGUACCUCUUAUCCCGCUUUCAAAAAACAGAUAUUUUGUGGAACGGGCGGAAACCCUCGGCAGGCUCAAGAAGAAGCUGUUUAGCGAGGAUGGCCCUCGACGCGUCGCCCUCGUCGGGCUCGGGGACAUCGGCAAGACACAGGUGGCAUUGCAGCUCGCCUAUUUGACGCAGGAAAAACAAGUUAGGGUGGUCCGUCUUCUGGGUGCCGGCUCUAAGCAUAGCAAGCUUCGAGCAGGCGUGCGUCGCUCGGCGACGGCAGGAAAAUGGCUGCUAAUCGUUGAUAACGCCGACGACUGGGAUACUUUGUUCGGGCAAGACAAUGGGGGCGGAAUAAACGACUACCUACCGCAAAGCAGCGGUAGCCGGAUCCUGUUUACGACUCGGUCUCGAAAGGUAGCCACCAGUGUUGCCGGGAACAACAUCGUCGACCUAUCAGAAAUGAGUCGCGGCGAAGCACGAGAAUUCUUGGAAAAGUCAUUGAUUAAAACAAGUCUACCGCCGAAAAACAUUAUUAACGAAUUCCUGGAAAAGCUCGCCCAUUUGCCGCUGGCAAUCACCCAGGCGGCCGCUUACAUGAACGAGAACCAGGUAUCGAUUGCGGAAUACCUUGGAAUUUUCCACAACACGGAUCAGGACAAAAUCGAGCUACUAGCCGCAGAAUUCACAGAUAACACACGGUAUAAGGAAACGCAGAACGUGGUGGUGACGACAUGGAUCAUUUCGUUCGAGCAGAUCCACAAAAUCAAUGCGGACGCGGCGAAGCUGCCCACAUUCGCGGCAUGUGUCGAGCCCAAGGCCAUACCGCGGUCGAUGCUGCCCAGUGUAGGGACAGAGCAGCGAAUAACGGGGGCGAUUGGGCUGCUUUGCGGGUAUGCGUUCCUGGGUAAGCGAGGGGAUGGCGGCAUAUUCGACAUGCACAGUUUGGUGCACUUGGCGACACGGGAAUGGGUUAAGGGGAAAGGAGAUACGGAGAAGACAAUGGAAGACGCUUUGGCGCAGCUGGCGGCAGUUGUCCCCAGCGAUAAGUGGGAAAAUCGCGAGCGAUGGAGGCAGUAUAUGCCGCAUGCGCUCAAAAUGCUUCAGGCGGAUGGAGCGGCAAGGGGAGGUGAAAGCGAAGCAAUGAAUCGGUUAAGAUUUUGGGCAGGGCGGUGUCUACAAAUGGACGGACGGAUCCGGGAGGCGGUCGGUUUGUUGGAGCACGUCGUGGCUGUCAGAGGGAGAACGCUCUCGGAAAAACACCCUUCUCGACUGGCGUCGCAGCACGAAAUCGCCGCGGCAUACCAGGCCGACGGGCAGGUCAAAAAGGCCGUCGGUUUGUUGGAGCACGUCGUGGCUGUUAAAAGGAGAACGCUUUCGGAGGAACACCCGGAUCGACUGGCGUCGCAGCACGCGCUCGCACGUGUUCGUGGAAAAACGUUUUCGGAAUAACCACGUCUCAGGUGCUACGACUUUAUGUACGAUAAACGUAUGCCUAAUGUGACAAGAACUUAUAAAGGCAAAUAGUAAAUGACAGACUAACAGACGGACAGAAUUUAUCGCCUGG